CAAGACAGAUAAAGUUGGUAAGAAACACUUGGGACUACAGGUCCAGAUCAUCUACGCAGGAGGAAAACGAAGGGAAAAAAAACCCCACAAGAGCAAAGAACAAAGAAGAGGACUGAAGAAGAGAGACUCAACAGAGAUACAAUCUAAAGAUGGGAGACCCAAUCCAGUUAAAAGAGGAGGGAAAUAAACACUUUCAGGCAGGCGAUAUUGACAAGGCCAUUGAGUGCUACACUAAAGCCAUCAAGGUGUGCCAGGACAAAAAAGUGCUGGCUGUGAUUUACAGGAACAGAUCUGCAUGCUACCUAAAAAAGGAAAACUAUGCUAAUGCAGCAUCUGAUGCAACUAAAGCGAUUGAUGUUGAUGCAAAAGACAUAAAAGCUUUGUACCGGCGCUGCCAAGCUCUGGAAAAGCUGGGAAAACUGGAUAUGGCUUUCAAAGAUGUGCAGAGGUGUGCCACGCUCGAGCCAAAGAACAAAGCCUUCCUGGAGACACUCCGCAGACUGGGAGCAGAAAUCCAGUCCAAGCUGAAAACUUCAUUUUCCACAGAUUCGAGGGUACAAAACAUGUUUGACAUUCUCUUCGAUGAAGAGAGCGAAAAGGACAAGAAGGAGAAGGCCGCCAACAACUUGAUUGUCCUUUCGAGGGAAGACGCUGGAGCAGAGAGAAUUUUCCAGAAUAAUGGAGUGACUCUGCUACUCAAUAUGAUCGAGACUGGCAAACCAGAAAUGAUCCUGGCUGCUGUCCGUACGCUGUCAGGAAUGUGCACAGGACAUAAGGCUCGCGCAAUGGCCAUCAUUCAGAUGGUGGGUAUUGAUAAAAUGUGCAGCAUCAUGGCUCUUGACAAUGAGGAGAUUGCACUGGCAGCCUGCAACCUCUUCCAGUGCAUCAAUGAUUCCCUCACUGGUGGAGAUACACGAGAAUAUGGGAAAGAAGCAGACCUUGUUAUGGAUCCAUCUAAAGACUUGAAAACUAUUCUUCUUUCUCUGCUGGAGAUGGUUGCAAGUAAAAAGGUGUCUGGCCAUGGCAGAGACCAGGCAUUAAACCUCCUGAGCAAGAAUGUACCUCGCAAAGAGAAGAAGGAGAUGGACCACUCCAAAAGCCUUUUCACUAUUGACCAUGGUUUGAAAAAGAUCCUCAAGGUUUGUGGCCAGGUUCCUGAGCUGCCAGACCAGUUGCCCUUGACAGAGAAUACACAGCUGAUUGCUAGCGUGCUCCUCAACAAGCUCUAUGACGACCUCAAGUGUGACCCAGAGAGAAACAACUUCAGGGACAUUUGUGACGAAUAUAUCAAAUCCAAAAUAGACCCCAAAGAUAUGGACAAGACCAUUCAUGCCAUCAACUGCAUCUCAGGUCUGCUGCAGGGACCGUUCGAUGUCGGUAAUGCUUUAGUUGGUCGGCAAGGCAUCAUGGAGAUGAUGGUGGCACUGUGCGGCUCAGAACGCGAGGUGGACCAGAUGGUUGCAUAUGCAGUUGCUUGCAUCCUGGUUAACUGCACUAACUCCUAUGAAAAGAAAGAAAUUCUCCCUGAGCUGGUUCAGCUGGCCAAGUUUUCAAAACAACAUGUGCCUGAGCAACACCCCAAAGACAAGAAGGACUUUGUUGACAAGAGAGUGAAAAGGCUGCUGAAGGCCGGAGUCACAUCAGCUCUUGCUGUCAUGGUGAAAGCAGAGAACAUCAUCUUGACAGAUCAAACCAAAGAGAUGCUGGCAAGGGUUUUCUUGGCUUUGUCAGAGGAUCCCAGAGAUCGCGGUACUAUUGUUGCCCAGGGUGGAGGAAAGGCUCUCAUACCACUCGCUCUGGAAGGAACAGAAGCAGGAAAGGUGAAAGCCAGCCAUGUCAUUGCCAAAAUAGCUGCCAUUUCCAACCCAGAAAUCGCCUUCCCUGGUGAGAGGGUGUAUGAGGUAAUACGUCCAUUAGUGAACCUCCUUCACACAGACAGAGAAGGCAUGCAGAACUAUGAAGCUCUGAGAGGUCUCACCAACUUGGCUGGUUUCAGUGAAAAACUGAGAGUGAAGAUUGUGAAAGAGAAGGCUUUGCCCGAGAUUGAGAACUACAUGUUUGAAGAGAAUGAACAGAUCAGAUUGGCUGCCACUGAAUGCAUGUGCAACCUAGUGACAUGUAAAGAGGUGCAGGAUCGCUACCUGGACGAUGGCAAUGAUAAGCUGAAGUUGCUGGUGUUGCUCUGCGGCGAAGAUGACGACAAACUUCAGAUAGCUGCAGGUGGAGCUCUGGCCAUGAUCACGGCUGCUCAGAAAAAGCUGUGCACCAAAAUGACUCUGGUGACUUCCCAGUGGCUUGAGAUCCUGCAGCGGUUAUGCCUUCACAGCAAUGUUCAGGUUCAACACCGUGGUCUUGUCAUUGUUUACAACAUGCUCAACUCAGACAACAGUGACCUGGCUAAGAAAUUGAUAGAGAGCGAGUUACUGGAAAUCCUUUCAGUGGUUGGCAGAGCUGAGGACAAUCCGAAGAGGCAGGAGGCCAUUGAUGCAGCACGCACAUGUUUGGUCAAAGCUAUGGAUCUUGGUCUCAUCAAACCCUUCGCCAGCCCUUCUUAAAGAAAAUGAUCAAAGAUUAAAGAUCAAAGGACAUUCUUCCUUUUUCCCCUCUGAUAAACAGAGAUCCCCCCCCCCCCCCAAAUAACUGUUUUUUCACAUAAGCGAUUUUAGGAGUCAUCACCCUGACUCCCCAUCUCUAAAUAUAACCCCUCACACUGUGAAGCAGGGAUUCUUUUUAUAUACAGAAAGGGGUUGCGUGAUAUGGGAAUCAUAUAUGGGGUGGGGGUUUCCAGCGAUUGGUUUGUGAUAAAGCUGUAACUGUGUCUAAAUGUUUAAAGACUGAUGCAUUUACAUGUGUUUAUAUUUUGCCAUUUGUGUGGUUGAUGAGCCAUAAUACACCAUUUAAAUAACA